AUGGCAAAAUGCUUACUCCCUAAAUUAAUAUUUUACACGAUCACAGUUUCGAGCAUUUCUUCCCUAAUUUACAUAAAUAAUGUGAAGAAGCUUCCAUAUAGUUUUAUAGACAAAGUUAAUACAUAUAUUAAUUGGACAAAGGGGAAUGAAUACGAUACACAUUGGAACAAUUUAAGACUCUAUUCAAAUGAAAUCCCAAACCAAAUGUUGACAAAUACAAAAGAAAAAUAUGAAUUAGAACUUUUAGGUAGAAUUUUAAGUGCUUCUGAACAACUCGUACCUACUUCUAACCAUAGUGUUUCCCAUAAACAUACACAUUAUCAUGAUACAGUUCCAACUAUCGAAGAUGAUAAUGUAUCAUAUAUAUUACCAAAUAACGUCUUUUCCUUAUGUUUACGCAAUUUUAUAAGUAGCUUAUAUAAAAAAAUGAAGCAUAAAAAACACCCUUAUCCUAUUCCUACGCCUAUAUCCCAUAUUGUAAGUUCCCAACUGGCUAAAAAUAAAAGUGCACCUACUACAGAUUUGCAACCUUAUUCCAUUAAUUGUACAAUUAGAAAAUUCCCUGAUACACCCAAAACUAACGGAUAUUGUAUAAAAGGAAAAAACUAUAUGGUUCUUGCUCGUGAAGGAGAUCCACAUAUAUCCAAAAUGAAUUCACGAGAAUAUGUCAGUUAUUUUUUAACCCUUUUUAGAAAAUUUGCAAAUAGUAAUAAAGAAAUUAAAUCACAAGACGCUAUAGAAUAUGCAUAUGAAAAUGAUAAUUAUAAGGGAGAAAUAAGUAUUUGUGCAAUAGUUAUUAAUGACGAUAACACAAUAUCUGCAAGUAUAGUUGGAAAUCAACAAUAUAUAAUUAUACGAGAUGGAAAAAUUGCACAUAAAGGACAAUAUACAAAAAAGAGUUAUAAUUAUUUACCUACUAUAGGAAAUAGUAAAAAUAAUGACAUUAAUAAUUUGAUGACUGAAGAAGUACCUGUAGAAAAAGGUGAUAUUAUUAUUUCUGGAAGUAAUAUCAUAUGGUCUGUUUUACUUGAUGAUCAAAUAUUAGCUAUAGCAUCAAGCGUUGAUUUUAGUAUGUUAUCAAAGGCAAUAGCUAGAUCUACUUAUAUUUAUGCAAUAUCUGAAUUGAACAACGCAAAUAUGGACUGUGAUUCUAUGGGUUUUAUCAAUGAAAAGUGCAUGGGAAUUAGCGACGAUAUUUCUGUGGCAUGUGCACGUAUUAAUUAA